GCAACUGCUAUAACGUCAAGGCUGUUAUCAUAUGAAAUUGCUUGGAAACCGCAGAGUUGCCAUAGAUAUGCCAUAGUUUUCUAGGUCCGUUUAAAUCGUAUUUUUUCUUGUAACUUUAUGUAGACGAUAUAUACAUGUUUGCUUUUAUUUGAACUUAUUUUAUAGCCUUUAAGGUAGGACGAGGUACAAAACAUGACGCAAAAUGAUGCAGCAAAUUACAUGUUUAGGAUCAACGUCUUUUCAAUAAAUAACCAAAACAGACCAAGAUAGACAAAUGACCUGCAGGGUUUUAUAUUAGCGGAAUAUGCCAGGUAUCAUGAGAGUGGGAUAUUUUGAACACACGUAAAACCUCUUAAACGAAAACCACGAUCGGUCUAUUAUGGCAAAAUUCACGCCACGUACAACUGCUUCAUAUGCAUGAGUUGCGUUUGUUUUCAAAAUAGAACGACCCGAUUGACUGUUUGUAUUUUUGCUUCCAUAACGUUAAAACAUUUCUCCGAAAGUACAACGACGGAUUAGUUUAAUACAGAUCUUUACAGAAAUUAAAUUCAUCAAAGUUGGUAAAUAGUUUACAAGUUUUUGAUACCAAAGUAAUAAAAGGUGAAAACGUCUGUGACCUGUAGACUUCUAGCAUCGUCGUUAGAAUGGAUAAUUAUUCCUAAAAAAAAAAGUAAAAACAAAUUAAUACUAACACUACUGAUGAAACCAAAUCUUCAUUUAGAAGUGCUAUGUAUCACAUGGCUAAAGGGUGAUGUACCGUUUGCUUAUUGAAAGUGAAUACUCAAAAGCAUUGUAUUUACCAUGAUUAGUCUCUUUGAAUGGUUUAGUAUUUCAAUCAAGUUUGCAUUUUUAUCAGCGCUGCGGACGUGAAAUCAUGAAUCAUUUCCGGACAAAGAAGCUAAAACGCGUGUUUACGAAGUAGUACGCAGAGCGCAAGGACACAUAAACAGUCACCUUUUAUUCCGCACUGAAUGUUCUCGCAAACUGUUAUUGUCUGUUUACAAUUUGUAAGUUUAUAACAGGCGACAUUCAUAAAAGCCUGCAUCUUUUUCGUAAUUGCAUAAUAAUAGCAGUGAAUGAAUGGUAUUUUGUCGACAUACUAAAUUUUUCCGGGAACUGUUUCCUGGAACUAAUUUUCUUCAUAACGAAGAUUGUAACUAAAAUUGCUAACACCACACACUCGAAUCUUAAAACGUCAGGUUCUAGAAGAAGACCCAAGACCUCAAUUAAAUAUUCAUGGAUGAUCGGUUCACUUCUGCAUCCAAGCUUCGUCGAUCGAAGAUUCCAGUCGUGUUUUUAAUUUCGUUCUGCCACUCUAUUGUUAAAUUCCAGCACGUAGCAAGUACAUUUCAUUUUCCGACGUUAGAGCUUUAAUGCGUUUUCAAAAGUUUCUCUUACGAAUGGAACAUGUGUAUUUACUACAAAGACGUUUGCAAAUAUCCGGGGUUGUGGCGAUAUUAUUUUCGAAGUUUGAUAAAACCUCUCUUUAGGAGAAAUUACAUAGUUCAUGACAACAAGUACUUGGAAAAAAUAAAAUUUUUCUUUAUUUGUGCCAUCCUUAGUGCUUGAUUUAGACAACGUUAUAUUUGGCGGAAAGGGAUCAACGUUGCUCACGAUAAUAGGUUACGAACAUGUCAUUGAAUAAGUCAUCUCAACAGUAAACAAAGAAAUCCUAUGUCGAGUGAAAUUUGCAUUUUUAAUGUUCUUUGGAAAACCGCAAGACUGAUGAUAAGCUAACAUAGCGUCCAGAAACAUCGCUCUGGAUAAAUCAUGUAGUUCUCUUACAAUAAAUCUUUCCUUGUACAUGCGGGUUUUGGAGAAAUUAAGAUGGCUUCCUGAUGAUCUCAGUUUUUUCAAUCUGUGAAUUAUUUUGGUUAUGAUGGCGUUCCGCAGUCAAGGAUUUUUCUCCGUUGGUUUCGACCGGAAAAGGAAACGAGCAAAGUUUGCUUCACAAGCGUACACUUCACUUAGUCUCUGACUAAUAAGAGUCCAUCAUUUGUAGUACCUCAAAACGGAUUGCAGCCACUAGUUAUAUCAUAUAACCUGAGAGAAGAGUUGACGAAUUUUAACGUGGACUGAAAAUUGCUUGUGUUUUCUCCAGAACUGUGAUAGUACUUCGUUGCUGAGGAAGCUACAAAAAAAUAUCAUGACGAGAUAGGAACAUAUUGGAUCAAGGAUGGUUCAGGAAGGAUAAGAUCUGGUUUUCUGGAAAUGCAGGGACAUUAAAUUUGACGGAUACUAGUAACCCAACGGCACGUCGUCUCCGUAACGGAAGCGACUCAUUUCCAUGAUGGUUAACGAUUCCAACGGCCCUGUCAAUAACCAGAGCCGGGCAAGAACGCAAUUCUUCACACCCACGGAGGUGAUGGGAUGGUGUUUUGCAUUUGGUCUCGUCGAUAUUCUCAUUGUGAUGAGCAACACCCUCGCCAUAGUUGUGUUCACGCGUAGCAAGUUGCUACGGAAACGCACAAACUACUUUUUGCUGUGCCUGGCGAUUGCAGAUAUGAUGGUUGGUACAAUAUCAUUACCAAUAUUUGUACAUACUCUUGUUCUUUACACAAGAGGUGAAGUGCUGGAAGCCAAGUGGAUCGACGUACUCCAUAGAUUAUUGGACAUUUUUUCAGGAAUUGCUUCAAUCUUUGCACUAACAACUAUAGCAUUGGAACGUUUGUACUCAGUGGUUUUACCAAACUGGCAUCGAACCACACCAAGUUGCUUGUAUUUUAUCUUGAUAAGCAUGAUAUGGAUUGUGGCAGGCGUGCAUGUUUUUGUAAAAGUGCUCGCUGAAAAGAAAGUGGUCUCAGACGAUAUAUUUUUGUACCUUUUGCUUGUUUCUUUCUUCUUUUGCGUUGUGGUAAUUUGCUUGGCUUACAUCGGUAUCUGGUUCAAGGUCAACCAGAGGAUACACGAGAAAACGAAGAAAUCGUUGGAAAAAGACAAGAAGCUAGCAACAACACUUUUUCUCGUGUCGGCUAUUUUCAUCUUGACUUGGUUCCCAUUCCAAGGAAUGAACAUCUUCAUCCCAAGAUGGUGUGAAAAGUCAUGCACUUUACCCAUUCUGACUCUCCUUUUCCUCACUAAAUUGAUGCAAUAUAUGAAUUCGUUCAUCAAUCCUAUCAUCUACACCUUCAAGAUGCCUGACUUCAGGAGAGGUCUUCUAACUUUAUUUGGAAAGAAAGUUUUAUAUGGGGCAUCGACCCGAGCUACUUCGAGGAUGUUAUCUGACCGACGCCGGAGAGCGAGCACUUUACGAUCGAGUGAAACAGAAGCUAAUGGCAACUGUGAGUGUGCACUGUAACUUUGUAGAGUGACCUAAAAAGACUAUUCCAUAGGAGCAGCAUCGUCUCAGUUACUAUCCUAGGGGAUGAAAUGUAAUGAUUUCUAUCUGAAAGAAUUUCUAUUCAAGACUGCGCUUAGUGCGGGGGGGGCGACACCACUGUGUCGAGAUCUUUGCGCAUGUGCACAACUGGGCUAUCCGAAAGUUUCCACAAUCUAUAUAAUCAAUCUUCCUCAGGGAUGAUCGCUCGAAACGGACGCCCUACAAUGUUUUGACAUCUUUUGAAGUCUCCUUUUUGUUCGUGGUUUUGAUAACUUCGCUUAACUCUCGAGCUGAGGUGAAGCCAAAGGCGUCCCGUUGUCAGACAACGUACAAUAUGAAUUUUUAAACAAAGAAGUAGAUGUCGACUUUUCCGUUCAAUACCCACCCGAGAACUUGUUAUAUCUUGCUUUAGUGAAUAGAAGGAAGAAACCUCGAGGUAUAAUUACGGUCCUUAAAAUCAAUUAAUUCCUUCCCCCCCUCCCCCCAAAGUUGUGGAUUUUGAUUGGUUCUCCAUUUCACAUAAAUAAUUGAAAAGAUGUCAAAACAUUUACCGAGUAGCAAUAGAAGAAGAUCAUUCGUUGACACUGUUUGAGUGUGGACGCUUACCGACAUUUUCGGCUCGUGCAUGAAUAAGGUUUCGUGGUCAUUUUCGAGACUUAUUAUGUUCCUUUUCAAAUAACCCCUGAAUAUUUAAUUUGGGUCUUUAGUCAAAAGGUGUGCAAACUAAAAUAACUGUUUGGUACCUCGCUACCAAGAACUAAAUGUAAAACAAUCAUUCUUUUUUUUCUGUAUACCCUCAUCAGCGACAAAUCAAAGGAGCCUCUUCCUUAGUUUUAGGUUUAUCUUUAUACAGUGUUUUGUCUUUAAGGCGAACUCAGUCAAUGUAAAUAAGUUGCAUAGUGUCGCACUUUACGUAUUAUAUAUUAUGAACUUUAUGUACAUAAAAAAAA